AUGCCGCGGGAUGCCGUCGGCGCCGGCGAGGGAUACCCGGGCUCUCUGGGCGACAUGCCCAAGGCCCGCAUCCGCCGUGUCCAAACGGGCUGCUUGAUGUGCAAGCGCCGUAAGAAAAAGUGCGACGAGACCAAGCCUCGCUGCGGCGACUGUCGCCGCCUCUGUCUCGACUGCGCCUGGCCCACCGAGCGCUCCAAGGACAGGUCCCCGACCAUAUCUUCGCGCAAGGAGUCGCUCUCGGAAAAUUUGGGCGGCGACUCGACCAUCAUCGACAUCCCCAUCCGCCAGAGUCAGAGCCCCAGCCCGAGCUCGAGCAGCUCGCCACGCUCGAACGGAAGUGUCAACGAGAGAAGCAACAGCAAUGCCAGCAGUUACCAACCUGAUGUCAAACAGAACUUUGCUGUCAUCAAGCGCGAUAGCACCACAUCAGACGGCGAGGGACUCUCCGACAAGGUCUCCUGGGACCUGUCUACAUCGCCUUCCACCUGGGUGGAAGCCUUUACUCCUGUCAGCAACGGCAGCCUGCCCGACGGCAUGGAACUCAACCAGACGACGCUCUCCGUAUACAUUCCGCAACUGCUACCCCAACUUCAAACAACAAACGACCGCGCCUUGAUGAAUCAUUACUCUACCAUUGUGUCUUCUAUCCUCUCGAGAAGAAACUCGGCCAACAAUCCAUAUAAUCAUUAUCUCCUACCCAUGGCACAGGGCAACGACCUAGUGCUCCACUGCAUCUUAGCCCUGUCAGCGAAUCACUGGCGAAAGCUGCAACCGUCGUUGGGGAGCAGAGGUCUCUAUCAUCAGGGUCAGGCAACAUCUGCAUUGGCUCAACUGCUUCCGCAUGUCGAUAAGCAAAGCGCAGACAUUGCCCUGGUCGCGAGUCUACUGCUAUGCAUGACUGAGUUGUUCGAUGGGACUAGUGAAGGGUGGAAGCUACAUCUCAAGGGUGCCAAGCGACUCUUGAUUACCCUCAUGACGCAGCAAGGCGAAAUGCUGACCGGGCAUUACAAGUUUCUGUUGAGGCUGGCUAGAUUUCUCGACUCGGCAGCUACUACAUCAACGUGUCGACCACCGUUGAUCGGAGAUGAGGAGGCUGAGGCUGCCACGCUCAACCGCCUAUCAUUCAGCCCGGACGAAGAGGACUCCGCCGUCUAUGGCAUACCGAAAGAGCUGUUCCAUCUUCUCGACCUCGUUAACACGCUCGCCGACAAGCGCAAGACCCGCGUGGAUCGUGCGUCCGAGGCCGCCUUCCGCGAAGAGGCGCAGCACGUGGAGGAACGUAUCAAUCACUGGUCAUACGAGUACGGCGGCAUGCCGCGGGCCGUCUACGCGCAGCCAUCAUCGUCCGGCGGCAGCGGCAACGGCGACGACGUGCUGCACGCGGCAGUGGCGUUUGAGAACGCGGUGCGGCUGCGGCUGCACCAGGUCGUUGACGGGUACGAGCUGACGGAUCCCAAGGUGGACCGGUGCGUGAGCGCGAUCCUCGAUGCGGUGCAGCAGAUCCGCUACGGUAGCCCGCUCGAGGCGUGCGUUCUCUUCCCGCUCGUCAUGGCCGGCGGCGCGUGCUCCAAGUACGAGCACCGCCUCAUCAUUCAGGACCGGCUGCUCGUCAUGGAGCGCACAUGCGGCUUCGGCUACGUCUUCAACGCGCGCGACCUGGUGGAGCGCGUAUGGACGAGAAGGGACGAGACCAAGGGGACAGGUGCGAUUGUGAACUGGGCGCGCAUUCGCUAUGAGGAGAUGCACGGACUGGUUGUCUUUUGA